CAAACCCUCCAGCUCUACCUCACCUCAGCCCUUCCUCAACCAUCAGCCUCUCGUCAAGAAUGCCUGGUUCUAUAUCCGAAGAUGCUCAUACGAUCCGAAUACUAAUCUCCUCUGACAACCAUGUCGGAUACAACGAACGCGACCCGAUCCGAGGCGAAGACUCAUGGAAGACAUUCCACGAGGUCAUGACGAUUGCCAAAGAGCGUGAGGUCGAUUUGGUACUUCUAGCCGGCGAUUUAUUCCACGAAAACAAACCCUCCAGACAGUCGAUCUACCAUGUGAUGAAAUCUCUGCGUGAGACAUGCUACGGCGAUAAACCGUGCGAGCUCGAGCUACUGAGUGAUCCGGCAUUAUCCCUUAACGACGAAUCAGAUCAUAUCAAUUACGAAGACGAAAAUAUAAAUGUCGCAAUUCCAGUCGUCGCUAUCAGUGGGAACCACGAUGAUGCAGGCGGGGUAUAUAUCAUCCUCUCAAUCCUCCAUCUCUACAAGAACAAUGCUAACAAUGUGCCUCCAACCCAGGGCGGUGGUCUCUCCGCGCUCGACAUCCUCUCAGCUUCCGGUCUCGUGAACCAUAUUGGCAAGAUCCGCGAGAACGACAACAUCGUGCUUGCCCCGCUCGUCUUCAAGAAAGGAGACACGAAGCUUGCUAUUUACGGCAUGGAGAGUGUGCGCGAGGAACGUCUGCACAGGACAUUUCGGGAUCACAAGGUCAAAUUUAUGAGGCCCGAUGCGUAUCGCGAUGAUGAGUAUUUUAACUUGAUGGCGCUGCAUCAGAAUCAUCACGCUCACUCAGAAACCGGCUAUCUACCCGAAAACUUCCUCCCCCAUUUCCUCGACCUCGUCAUCUGGGGCCACGAGCACGAGUGUCUAAUGGACCCCGUCACGAACCCCGAGACCGGUUUUGCCGUCAUGCAACCGGGCUCCUCCGUCGUCACCAGUCUCUGCGAAGGCGAGUCCGUCGAGAAAUUCGUCGGCUUGCUCUCCCUUACAGGCAAAGAGUACUCCGUCGAAAAGAUCAAGCUGGCGACCGUGCGCCCGUUCGUCAUGAAAGAAGUCAUCAUGGCGCGCGAUUGCGGCUUCCCCGCCACGAGCAAAAACCGCGGGCGAGUAAUCGAAUGGCUCACCGCCCAGGUCGAGCAGUUGAUCGACCGCGCACACGAGCAAUGGCGCGGGGCAAACUCGAACGAGUACGGCACGCCGCUGACGGACGAGGAGCCGCCUUUGCCGCUGAUCAGGUUGAGAGUCGAGUAUUCGGGCGGGUACGAGGUGGAGAAUCCGCGACGGUUCUCGAAUCGGUUUGUGGGCAAGGUUGCGAAUGUGAACGAUGUGGUUCAGUUUUAUAGGAAGAAGACUGCUACCAUGACCAGACGGAUAAACGAAGUAGGCGAAGAAGUGGACGUAAUAGCCGCAGUCGAGCUCGAAGGUCUCAGAGUCCAAGACCUAGUCCAAGAUUUCCUAAAACAGCACACCCUAGCCGUCCUCCCCUCCGCCGGUCUCGACGACUCGAUCGGCCAGUACGUGGACAAAAACGACAGACACGCAAUCAAGACGUUUGUGGACGAGACGAUCGAGGAGCAGGUUAAGCGGCUGAUGAACCUAGGCGAUGUCGACGAGGACUCGAUCGAGCAUGCGAUCACCGCGCGACCGGCGGUGGGGGAAGAGAACGCAGGACUGGGAUCGAAGCGCGCGAGGAACGCGGACGACGACGGGGGGAGUGCAGCCGGAGCUCGGCGGGCGACGGGCCAGGCGGCUUCUACAACGCGAACGAGAGCGCGCGUUCCAGACAGCGAGGAUGAGGACGACGGGUUCGAUGAUGAGGUUGUACCAGUUCCCGAAGCAGCUCCUUCAUCCCGCUCUCGAGCGCGAGCUACAACCAAAUCUACUCCUGCCCCACCACCAUCUACAACUACCAGACGAGCCCCAGCAAUUCGAGAUCCACCUUCCCGAUCAGCGGCGACCCGAAAGACCCCUGCUGUCCACCAGAGUCAACCGUUAUUCAACGACGGCAGCGAUUCCGACGACUUUGUGCCCGAACCGGUACUCAACGACGACGAUGAAGACGAGGACGAAGACGACGUGAUGCAGGAUGUCGAAUCGAUAAGCGAAGAGGAGGACUCAGAAGUCGAAGAACCUGCUCCGCGAAGCCGGCGUCGAACCAAUCCAGCAGCUCCUGCGCUGUCCACCACCAGACAACGAAAACCCACAACACCAGCUCCACCAUCCAAACCCUCGACCUCCUCCUCGCGCACCACCUCGCGUCUCUCCGCCCUCAGCAAAUUCCAACCGCAAAAUCCCUCACGACGUCCGGCACCCUCAUCAUCUACCACCGCAUCGUCACCAGCUCGUAAGCAAACGACGCUCAAGACCACACGCGCAGCUAGCGCGGUUCCGGCUCGCGGUAGACCGCAGCAGCAGCAGCAGCAGCUUCCGUCUUUGUCCUCUGCGACGGCUGAUUCGGCGUCGCAGAGUAGGCCGAGGAUCGCGCCUAUUGAGAUUGUGAGCGAUGAUAGCGAUGAUGGGUUUGCUUAG